CCAAGCAGUCGAUUCGCACUUUUUCAUUGUUUCUUAAUAAAUUCACUAUGGCAAAUUCAAACCCAGAGAUUAAGUACACGCAGAUCUUCAUCAACAAUGAAUUCGUAGAUGCUGUUAGUGGUAAAGUUUUUCCAACAGUGAACCCAUCGACGGGUCAGAAAAUCGUGGACAUCGCCGAAGGUGACAAAGCCGAUGUAGACUUGGCCGUUGAGGCUGCCAAGACAGCUUUCCAGCGAAGUGGAAAGUGGCGCCAGACGGAUGCAUCGGCUCGUGGGAAGCUAUUGUACAAACUGGCCGAUUUAGUGGAGCGCGAUCUGCACCAGCUUGCAAGUUUGGAGUCGUUGGAUAACGGAAAACCUUACAUAAAUGCAGUUUACAGCGUACACGGUUCCGUGGCUUCUCUGCGGUAUUUUGCUGGUUGGGCUGAUAAAAUAACCGGCGAGACCGUUCCUUCUGAUGGACCCCACCUGACUUACACUCGUAAGGAACCGUACGGAGUAGUGGGACAAAUUAUCCCAUGGAACUAUCCACUGCCGAUGUUGGUCUGGAAGUGGGGUCCAGCCAUUGCUGCUGGCUGCACUAUCGUAAUGAAGCCAGCCGAGCAGACACCCCUAACGGCUCUGUACAUGUGUUCACUGGCGAAGGAAGCCGGUUUUCCCCCCGGUGUGAUCAAUGUGGUGCCCGGAUUCGGACCCACGGCCGGUAAUGCCAUCACAGUGCAUCCGGACAUCCGCAAGGUGGCCUUCACCGGUUCGGUUGAGGUGGGAAAGGUUGUGAUGGCUGGUGCGGCGAGUAACUUGAAGAAGGUUUCGCUGGAGCUGGGCGGCAAGAGUCCGCUGGUUAUUUGCAAUGAUGUUGACGUGGACGAGGCUGCUCAGAUUGCUUAUAAUGGUGUGUUUGAGAACAUGGGCCAGGUCUGCAUUGCAGCUUCUCGUACCUUCGUACAGGAGGAAAUUUACGAUGCGUUCGUACAGAAAGCCAUCGAACUGGCGAAGGGACGCAAGGUGGGCAAUCCGUUCAGCCAAGAGACCCAACAUGGACCUCAAAUCGAUGAAACGCAGUUCAAGAAGAUUCUCGGCUACAUCGAAAUAGGCAAGAAGGAAGGCGCCAAACUGGAGACCGGCGGUGUUCGGGUUGGAGAGGAAGGAUAUUUCAUCGAACCGACCGUUUUUUCCAACGUUACCGAUGACAUGACCAUCGCCAGAGAGGAGAUUUUCGGCCCAGUUCAAAGCAUCUUCAAGUUCAAAACGUUGGACGAGGUUAUCGAACGGGCAAACGCCACUAAUUUUGGCCUGGCAGCUGGAAUUUUGACCAAAAACCUAAACAAUGCGCUCACCUUUAGCAAUGCCGUCGAGGCCGGAGCCGUUUGGGUCAAUACUUAUAUGGCAUUGGCGAUCCAAGCACCGUUCGGUGGCUAUAAGCAGUCCGGUGUGGGUCGUGAAAUGGGCAAGGAAGGCUUGGAGGAGUACUUAGAAACGAAGACCGUCUCUAUCAAGCUGCCCGCUAAGGUCUGAAUCAUGGUUCCGUUAGUGCAACAGCAAAUUUCUUGUUUAAUUAUCGCAUCGCUAGAUAAAGAAAUACACGUGAACAUUUUUUCAGUUUGUUAAAAGAUUAUUUUACAUAAAAGAUAAAUAUGUCUUGUCACAUGUUUCUGCCUAUUCCAAGCAAGCUUGUAAUAAAAAUAACAUAGAUUUUUCCUUUGCCGUAAAUCGUGCGAAUGCAGUACGUAUUAAGAAGUAAUCUAAUAUAUUUUGCCUUAUUGUAAGCA